GCCAUAUUGGAAGUAGUUUAGUGCAAAGGAAGAGGAAAAGUUAAAAUGUGUGUCUUUUAAAAGAGGAUGAGAAGUGUGAGUGAGUCAGUGUUAGAGAAGUGUUAGUGUCGGCAGGACGGCGGUAAAAAUGGCAGCCUUCUCAGAAGACCAGAUCGUGGAAUUCCAGGAAGCUUUCUCCAUCUUUGAUCAAAAGGGUGAUGGCAAAAUCCAGGUAUCACAAAUUGGAGAGGUAUUGAGAGCACUUGGCCAGAAUCCCACAGAAUCAGAUGUAAAGAAACUUUCUCAUCAACAUCGACCAGACGAGAGAAUCAGCUUUGAAGUGUUUCUGCCUAUUAUGCAGACCAUCUCACGCCAGCGUCCGGUCGACACAGCUGAUGACUUCAUUGAAGGUCUUCGUCACUUUGACAAGGAUGGAAAUGGCUACAUUUCUUCUGCCGAACUUCGUCAUUUGAUGACUCAUUUGGGUGAAAAGUUGACUGAUGAAGAAGUUGAGCAGUUACUAGCUGGCCAGGAAGACUCUCAAGGCAAUGUUAACUACGAAGAAUUUGUUCGUCUUGUGCUUAAUGCUUAGAUUGAGGCAUGAGCUAUAAGACCCAUAUUGGUUUACUGCUUGUUUUCAAAUAUAAUAAUGUUAAGUUACGAGAGUAAAUGCUAUCAAUAUUUAUAUUACUGAAUAAUAAAUCUUGCUUAGACAGUUACAUUCCUGUUAGCUUAGAAGAUGAUCUGGUUAUGUAGGCGAGUGUUUUUCUAGCAGAGUUUUAGACCUUCUUUAAAUAUUUUGCCUUUUUUUUUUUAUGAUUAAAAGAUUUUGAUAGUACAGUAUUUUCAUUAUCAAACUAAUAGUGAAUUCCAAGACUUAAAUUAGUUUUUUGUAGCCUCUUGUACUUACUCAUAUAUGAAAGCUUUGCAUACUAACAUUCAGUAAGAAAGCAUUCAUCUUUUAAUUAGAAAUACCUAUUCAUAUUAUGUAUUUAAAGUAUGUAUCUUGAAAAUGACAAAUAAUGUGAACAGGUUGUUGAAGAGGGUAAUGUGCCUACAAAAUUUUAUAAAUAUUAAAUUUUGUAUAGUUUU